AUGAUCAGUGUUAGAAAGUCCAUCAGCCGCCCUUGACAUGACUCGUCCAAGUUCCCACAAGCCCGCGUUAUUCACGCAACCAGCAGUCCCCGUGUCACCGUAAAAAGCGAGGCUGAGUAGUAUCUUUUUAGAUUAGGUCCCUUCAUCAAGUGGUUCAUGCCAGCCACAAACGGUAACCUUCCCACCAUUCACCCGCCAAGGACUUGGUUUGGGUGCUGGAAGGCUCGCUUGAAAAAUCUCUCUGAAAAUACAACCGAUGGAUCAUCCUCCGCUAACACAUGUUACAUGCUGCAUGCCAUACUGGUCAUGAUACAUGUCGUCCUUGUUAUGUUGUAUAUCGCUCACUGGGAACACCGUGUGACUUUGUUAUUCACGCCUAUGAACAAUGAUUUCUGGCCUGUGGUGCUGAGUGCUUCACUGCAAGCAUUUUACACUAUUUAUACAGCUGUUCUACUCUUCCUUACCCAACGGCUUGCGAUGUCAAGAACACUUGUACGCCGCCAGAAAUUAACCACUAUUCACGAUGUCUCAGGUGCAUGGGAAGGCCUCGGCUCCGCACUGAAUAGUGUCUGGCGACAAUUUGACAUCUCUUCCUCAUGGUGGAUGGUUUCUGCUGUGACUGCCUACCUCGCGUGCAUUUCCGUGCUGCAUGUCACCUCUUCCACUCUCCUACAAAUUCAAAUGUUCAACGCUUCUAUGACGAAUUCUGUCCCAACAACACUAGCCUGGCUAAAUGACCUAUCAAAUUCCUCUGUCGUGCACUGGGAAGCCAUUACUUCAUCUUUACAAAUUUUUAAUCAAUUGCCUGGACUAGUCACUGAAGGAUUAUCCAACACUACAGUCUAUGACAUUCCACACACAAAUGCUGUAGCAGGUUAUGCAACCGUCAAUGCAACGACGAUAACCUCGCAUUGCGGAUUGCUUCCCAAUAUUUCGUACUCUGUGGAUUACAACCCCCUCGUGCCACUUAGUUCACCUGAUUGGAUGAUCAGAGCAAACUUCUCUUUACUUGGCGAUGAAACUUUUCUGUUUGUUAACGCAAGCAUCCCCUGGUCAGACCAGAUACAAACGCUCGUCCCCACUUGGAACAGUACUCGCAGGUCAUCCGAGCCUCCGCCCCAGGCUGGUGUUGUUUUAAUGGUCUCUACAUUACUAGACAUCGACCCUUCAAUGCAAGAGGCACUCGCUGUACCGAUCCAUUGGAACAUGACGAAUACUUCGGGGGUCUUUGAAGUCUAUUUUGUUCAGUGCUCGCUGUCGGCCGUGAGCGCAGAAACGGUGAUUGACAUCCAAACCAAGAGUCUGCAGAAUCCCGUGUCUGUCUCGCAAUCGUCUAGGCAGUGGGGGAUUAAUCAAUGGACAUCUAAUACCUGGCAAUCCAUGAUUGGUGAUGCUCUGGCUGUCCAGGUCAGCAGUGGGGAUGAUUUUAUUCAGACUAAUUCCGAACCCUCGUUAGCGGAUGAGUGUAUUAUGACAUUGGUAGGCUUAAAUCUUACCGCCGAGUAUGAUCAAUCCACGUUGUGGGGCGUUCCCAUUCCUGCUGUCAUUUUGAGCCCGGAUAAGCUCGAAGCUGCUAUUGCACGGAUAGCCGCACAACUCAUUUGGAUAGCGGGGCGAAUGGGCACGUCAAAUGGCGGACUUCAACUUGGGAAUGGGGUAACCUCUGUCAACGAGGAGAUGAUUUCCCUACGCCUGAAUAUCAAUCUUCUUCCUCUGUCCUUUGCGGUGUCUGCAUCGGUGAUCAUGAUGGCAUUGGCCCUAUCCACAACAAGAGCAUUCGACGCAUCCAGCAAAAGGCAGGCUGCCAUCCCACAUAUAGGCGCACUGCAACUGUUGUGGCUGGGUCAACAUUCGGCCUCCGUCCAUGAAGUUCUGGAAGAUGUAGAGCAUCCGACGGAGGUCAACCUACGCCGCGCAGGAAUGAUUGAUGUUUGUUUUGCAAAGACGAUAUCUGACCAAGAAGAGUUCGAGAGUCCCACUGGUCGUGACAUGUGAUGUGAAUGUGGGUUUGAUGGUUAGUAGGCCAUGGUGAUUUAGACAAUAGUUAGUUCGAGUGAGGCCUGUGAAUGGAUAGUACAGUCUUGAUAUUUCC